AUGGGUCGCAGACUAGCCGAGCCUUUGAUUUACCUUUUAUCACUCGGGAGGGUGCGACUAAAGGCUUGGAUCAAGGACUAUAAGUACUAUACACCAAGCACCGAAGUGUCGGACAACAUCGCGCUGUCGGUUGUUGUCUAUGGGCCUGCAGAAAAAGGAACGAGGGAUCUCGUCGGCAACCUGUUAAGGCAACGAAACAUUUGGCUGCAGCAGGUCAGCCCUGGGUUACUGGAGCCGAAUACAAGCUACAACAACCCUCACUAUCCUGCGCAAACUCGUGCUUCCAACAGUCUAUAUAGCACAAGUAUUGAUACCGAAACUCGCAGCGCGGACUUUCUGAAACGGCAGAUCAAUGAAAUAUUUGAGAAGAUGGGCAACGUGGAAGAUCUUGCUGAAAUGGAACCUCCUCCAGCUUUGACUGCAUCUCUUUACAAACACCAGAAGCAAGCGCUUUGUUGGAUGAAUGCGCAUGAACAAGGCGAAGACUCCGGAGAUGCUGUCAGUAUAUGGCAGGAGAAGAAGACUCCGGAUGGCCGGACUAUCUGGGUCAACAUUUUGACUAAUUUGAAAGUCACGAAGAAGCCACCAAGUUUGAUUGGCGGUAUACUUGCCGAUGAUAUGGGUCUUGGAAAGACAAUUACGACUCUCGCUCUAUUGUGUCUCACCAAGGAGAAGGCGUUAGCGUAUAGCACACACAGAAGAGCACACAAUAGCUUGCGACGAGUCAAGACAACGCUGAUAGUCACUCCGCUAACAACGUUAGACAAUUGGGAGGAUCAGUUGCAGAGUCACGUUCUCCCUGGUGAGUUGACCUCGCUCCGAUAUCACGGCGGCAAGAGAGAAUCCGAGGCGAUGAGUCUGCCACAAUACGAUGUCGUUCUCACGACAUAUCAGAUUCUCGGGCUGGAAUAUGCCGCUCAUAAAAAGUGGCAAGAGCAGCAGGAUCCAACUUCCAAACCUAGCCCUUUAUUCCAGACAGUUUUUUUCCGCGUUAUCUUGGACGAAGCACAUAUCAUCAAAGAUCCGUCGACCAAACAAAGUCAAGGUGCCUGCGGUGUCUCGGCGUAUGCUCGCUGGUGCCUCACAGGGACGCCUAUACACAACAGGAUCGAGGAUCUGGGUGCUCUAUACAAGUUUCUUCGUUUACCCGCGUUUGAGGACAAAGGUCACGGCCUGAGAUUUCUUCGGACAGCCUCAUUGACCAGCGUUCAAACACUAGUAAAAGCAACGACGUUGAGGCGCACGAAGGAUUCUAAAUUCCAUGGGCAACCAAUCCUGAAUCUGCCGCCCAAAACGGAGUAUGUCAAGACGUUAACUUUCGAUGCAAGCGAAAGAAUGUACUACGACAACAUCCGCGAUGCAACGAAGCAGAUCCUCGACAACACUCUUAAUUCGAAGCAAAAGACUGGCGCAGCUUACUUGAACAUUCUCCAGCUAAUCCUGAAGAUGCGUCAGAUGUGUGUGUACGGAAAAUUAGAAACAGCAACGAAUGCCGAGACGACCGACACCUGGACUUUAAUGCGUGAGUCCGGACAAGUUACACUCGUCGGGUACAUGGCACACGAGAGUCAUGUCUUUUGCUUGGAUUGCAUCCCUCGAUAUCAAACGGCGGCGAGAAGUGCCGCCGAAGGAGCUGAAUAUUGCCCAAUCUGUAAUGCAUCUAUGAAUCUCAACUUGGUGGAGAUUCGCAACUCACCUGACGCUGUAAAGGACAAGGAGAGCAGUGAGGCAAGGGUUACUGCGGACAGCCCUCGCGCAUUCAGCACUAAAGUGCAGGCAUUGUUCAAUGAUCUGAUUGAGCUACGAGAUUCCCAGGAUGAUGUCCCCCUGAAAGGAAUCGUCUUCAGCCAAUGGACGGGAGCCUUGGACAUGGUGGAAGGACCAGUACGCGAUCAGAUUGGCCUUGGUGUAGCGCGACUUGACGGUUCUAUGAAGCCGGCGGAUAGAAGAACCGCGAUCCAGGACUUCCGAUUGAAUUCGGAAUGCAAAAUCCUCCUCAUCUCACUGAAAGCUGGCGGAGUUGGGUUGAACCUGACAUCCGCAACACACGCCAUCAGAGUGUUCAUACUGGAGCCAUGCUUCAAUCCGGCUUCAGAAUCCCAAGCUAUUGAUCGAGCGUACCGAAUCGGUCAGGAACAGCCCGUGACUGUCACUCACUACAUCAUGAAGGACAGCGUGGAAGAAGCGAUGUUGGAGUUACAGAAGAAAAAGACGAAGAUGGCCAGUGAAUUGCUCUCUCACAAGUUAUCAAAGAAGGAUGAAGAGAAGGAGCGCUUGGGCGAUCUUAAGCUCCUGUUGACGACAAAGCCAGCAUAG